AUGCUUCUGAUUGGAACAAAUAAUUGGAAGCUUGCUGUUCCUCGAAAACUACGAGAAGGAAAGUGGAACGAUCCUAUUGCGUCGAAGUGUAUACUCGGUUGGGGACUACAAGGCUCCGGCUACGCCAAGACCGCAUUCUCUAUGCACCACUGUCAAUGUAAUUGGGAAGAAAUCGAUAAAACCGUUAAAGAGAGCUUUAAUGUUGACUCUGUAACUCCAAGGACUCUUCGUUCCAUCGAUGACGAAAAGGCCCUACAAAUAUUAGAUAGUACUUGCACAAAAGUUGAUGGCCACUAUCAAGUUGGUCUCCUAUGGCGUCACACCAACCCCAUUUUACCAGAAAGCUAUAAUAGCGCAAUGAAGAGAUUGGACUGUCUGAAAUCAAAAAUAUCCCGGGAACCUGAUUUGUAUGACAAGAUUGAGCUACAGAUCAACAAUUUACUUGAGAAGGGUUACGCAGUCGAGAUGUCCAGCGCCGAAAUGAAUAUAAAACAUGAGCGCGUUUGGUACCUUCCGAUAUUUAUCACUCACAACCCAAAUAAACCAGAAAAGGUUAGGCUUGUAUGGGAUGCAGCAGCUAAAUCUCACGGAAAGUCACUGAACGAUUUCAUGGUCACAGGUCCUGACCUUUUGCAUCCCCUCACUGAAGUUUUAAUGGCGUUCCGGGUUGGAAAAAUAGCAGUUUGCGGUGACAUUGCGGAAAUGUUCCACCAAAUUCGUAUCCAGGAAGCAGAUUCGCACGCUCAGCGAUUUAUAUGGUUUAACAAAGAAACCCGAGCUCCAAGGAUAUUUGUUAUGAAAGCAAUGACUUUCGGCAUAUCUUGCGCUCCAUGCAUUGCUCAUUACGUGCGAGAUAAGAACGCGAAGGAGUAUAAACUGAAGAGUCCUCGAGCCUUUGAAGCUAUUACUGAAGCACACUAUGUCGACGACUACAUAGACAGUCUGGCCGACGAAACAGAAGCAAUCAAGGUUUCUUUAGAGGUUCGGGACAUACACGCCGCAGGAGGCUUCAAUAUAAGGAAUUGGGCAUCUAACUCCCCCGAAGUUCUGAAGCAUUUGCUGGGCGACUCGAUUACCCUACAACCGGCAAAGGAGCUCGGAGAUGCAGAGAAAGUCCUUGACUUCACCGAACUACACACCUUUGUGGAUGCCAGCGAGUUCGGAUAUGCAGCCGUCUGCUAUUUUCGAAUAGGAAAAGGAGAUGACAUCACUAUAUCAUUGGUCGCAGCAAAAAGCAAAGUGGCACCUCUUAAGCCGCUUUCCAUACCCCGAAUGGAACUACUUGCCGCUUUGACUGGCGCGCGCUUAUCUCAGAAAGUCCGUAACACACGUAACAUAAAGGCCGAUGAACACAUAUAUUGGACGGACUCAAGGACUGUUAUUUCAUGGCUGACAAUGGAUCCGCGAAAUUUUUACGCCUUUGUCAUGCACCGUGUUGGAGAAAUCAUGGAGACCACGAAUGCCAGUCAAUGGCAUUGGGUUCCAACUAAGCUAAAUGUAGCAGAUAUGGCCACGAAAUUCACAUCCAAGCCCAAUCCUGAAGAAUGGGUAAAUGGGCCACAUUUUCUCCGACAGUCAAGGGACCAAUGGCCCAAACAACCCGAUGUAUGCAACUUUCCAAAUGUUAAAUGUGACGAGAUCCGAAGAACUGUAUUGGUAAUGAGAAGGACCAGUGUAAAAGCGAUACCGUUAAACGUUGAGUGUAUUUCGGAUUGGAAGCGCUUGUACAGGGCAACCGCUACUUUCUUAUUGAAAGCGCAGCAGGAUGGCUUCAAAACAGAACUUGACACCCUUCAAUCAAGCCAAAACAUAACAAAACCAAGCGCGUUAAUCGGCUUCAACGUAUACAUUGAUGAUGAGGGCAUAAUGCGUACUCAAGGGCGGGCGGAUUCUAUAAAUCAAAACAGGGACCAGAUCGUACUGCCAAAGCAUAAUCACAUCACACAUCUUGUAGUAAAGGACUUUCACGAAAAAAACCACCAUAUGCUUCACGAGGGCACCAUUAAUCUCAUACGAAGCAUGUACUUUAUCCCUCAGUUGCGAAUCGUAUACAAAUCGGUUCGAAAAUCGUGUCAAAUAUGCAAGAAUAAUUCUGCAAUCCCGGAACCACCACAGAUGGCGUCACUCCCUCCAGCCAGAAUUGCUAGUUUCGAAAGGCCAUUUACAUACACUGGAGUGGAUUUUUUUGGGCCUAUACUGGUAACUGUAGGCCGACAUAAGGAGAAGCGCUGGGGCGUUAUUUUUACAUGCCUCACUCUACGUGCCGUCCAUAUAGAAAUAGCCUAUAGCCUUGACACUAGCUCAUGUGUAAUGUGCCUAACUAACUUUAUGUCCCGCCGCGGGACACCAAAGGAAAUAUUUUCGGACAAUGGCACAAAUUUUAGAGCAACAGAGAAGAUCGUCAAGGAGGAGCUAAAGAACAUUGACUUCGGGAAACUUGUCAUAAAAUACGACCAGAUCAGAUGGCGCUUCAAUCCACCAGCCGCUCCGCACAUGGGCGGAGCCUGGGAGCGCCUAAUUCGUUCCAUUAAACUGGUUAUAAAGUCAAUUUCUCCGAACUCCAACUACAACGACGAAAGCCUAAGGAAUGCUUUAUUAAGUGCAGAAUACGUAAUUAACUCCCGCCCUUUGACCUUCGUAUCAUUAGAGGCAGAAGACGAUGACGCAUUGACGCCUAACCAUUUACUGUUGGGAUCGGCAGAUGGCUACAAACCAACAGUCACAACUGAGUUGAACCCAAGACAACGCUGGUGCCAGGCUCAAGAACUAGCUGAUCUAUUCUGGAAAAGGUGGGUGAAGGAGUAUAUGCCAAUUAUCACUAGGCGGUCCAAAUGGUUCCCAAAACGAUCCCCGUUGGCCGUUGGAGACAUCGUAAUCAUAGUAGACGAAAAUCUUCCUAGGAACCUUUGGCCCAAGGGACGUAUUACAGAAGUAACCACAGCUAAAGAUGGUCAGGUCCGAUCUGCUACAAUAAAAACUCAACAUGGAAUUAUGGUCCGGCCAGCAACAAAAAUAGCUGUACUAGACGUUUUACCGAAAUCAAAGUAA